AAACUCCGGGUAGCAGUAGAGCUUUCUCCGGUCGUCGAAAACAUCGGGCGCUAUACAAAAAAUUGAUUUUAAUCGAUAUGUGUCCGAGUGCUAGGUUAUGUGCCGUUAUUUCACGUGAGGAUCAGUGAUGUGACUUUUUACUUUUUGUUUUCAGAGACUCAGCUGGAAGUCGAAAAAAAAUGUGUGUCAAAAAUUUAACGGUUUUAAGUGAAAAAUUGCUACGGAGCUGUCGGUUUUAUAUGAUAUAAUAGGUAGGAGAUUAUAAUGAUGGAGGAGCAGAAAUCAUCUGGCAAAAUGAAAGAAACUUGUUAUGUGUUUAACACAUUUACGGAUCCAUCCUUGGAAAAACUUUAUCAGAGUUUCAGCAUCAAGCAAAAACGAGCGGGACUCGAAUGUUUCUUGUUAACAGCCAUUCUAUUCGAUUUGUACAUGCUAGUGAUUCCGAGCGGCCAAGAUAUAUGGAUUUUCGGUUUCAUGAGUCUCUUCCUCACGAUUAACAGCUGCAUCUUAGUCUGGUGUAAAAGAUCAUAUGAAAAUAAAUUUAUUUGGGCUGGUAUACCGCAUCUCUGUUGGCACGUCGCUAAUGCACAGAUACUGGUAGCACUUUUUCUUAAAAAAAAUGAAGUAACUUCCAGAGAUAGUCUAGGAUGGGUAUUACUAUUGGACUAUCUCAUUUACGUCACUUUACCAAUGAGGUUACGAUACAUUGUUAUUUUGAGUUUGGGAACUUGCGCAUCGUACAUCGCUGCUCUUAUAGGACUCUCAAAAUCAGAUUUGCAUUUCUAUCAACAGCACCUCUGUAAUUGCAUCCUACUGGCGACAGCAAAUUUAUUGGGACUUUCAUCCUUUCUCGUUGAGGAUAAGCAACAACGAAGAGCUUUUCUUGAAACAAGACAAUCUCUGGAGGUGAAACUAGUUAUUGAGGAACAAAGUGCUGAGCAGGAGCGCUUGUUACUUUCGGUUCUGCCUGAGCACGUUGCAGUUCAAAUGAGACAGGAUUUAGAUUCGGCAGACAGUCAAUUCAAAAAAAUAUACAUGAGCCGACACGAAAAUGUAAGUAUUUUGUAUGCAGACAUCGUUGGUUUCACCGCCAUUUCUUCAACGUAUUCAGCUCAAGAAUUGGUUAAAAUGCUCAACGAGCUUUUCGCAAGAUUUGACAAAUUAUCUGAAAAAUAUCAACAGAUAAGGAUAAAAAUUCUUGGAGACUGUUAUUAUUGUAUAAGUGGAGCACCGAAAGAAAGCCCUGAUCAUGCCGUUUUAUCCGUUCAUAUGGGUUUAUCCAUGGUUAAAGCGAUCAAAUACGUCCAACAAACGGCAAAUUCUCCGGUAGACAUGAGGGUUGGCAUUCAUACGGGGGCUGUGCUUGCGGGUGUGUUGGGACAACGGCAAUGGCAAUUCGAUGUUUACUCUAAGGAUGUGGAAUUAGCAAAUAAAAUGGAGAGUAGCGGAUUAGCGGGGAGAGUACAUAUAUCUGAUAAAACUCUGUCGUUUCUUAAUGGAGAAUUUGAAGUUGAACCUGGCUAUGGGGAAAAACGAGAUGAAUCGUUAAGGGCGGCUGGACUGAAAACAUAUUUUAUAGUGAAAGUAAAUAAACCUUUUCAAUCAAAAACUCAAGAAGUACAAAAUGGCGGUAGUAUUCUUCCAGAAGAAGAUAGCUGUGUCAUAUCAGAAGCUGCCCUAGAUACAAAAGAAGAAGAAGCGAACGAAACUAGUUUAGGUAGGCCAAGUCAAGAUUCCGCCGAUUUCAAAGUAAGGUUACGUAAAGAGCUGGUUAACAGAGACGGUCACAGGGAACUGUCUAAAAAUACAAAAUUGUUCAAUUUAGCAUUUAUAGAUCCACAAAAAGAGAAAUCGUACAAUUUACACAUAGAAGCGUCUCCCAAUUUAACAUUGCUCAUGUUUUUGAUAGUGCGAACUGCAUUAGUUUUAACCACAGCUACAAUUCUACCAAGUUACCUGUCUUUAAGUAUCAGUUACAAUAUAGAAAAUGUUUUGAUUGGGGUGUUGGUAUUAUUAGCGUUAACUGAAGAUCUUCUUAAUUUGACGAAGUGCUGGAAUUUCUUCAAGGAAACUAUAUUCAUAAGAAGACUGCUAUCAACGACGUGCAUACUAUUAAUGGGCACUGUCAAUAUAGUGGAUUCGGUGUCUUGCGUUCAAAUAAAGCCGGCAGAGAAUUGUUCGACUAUCUUGGACUUGGACACCACUUGCCUUUAUCCAUCUUACUUCAGUUAUUACACUGUCCUCAAUUUAAUAGCCACGUCGUUGCCAGCGUGCUUGUCUUAUUUAUGGAAGAGUUUCUUCAUGUUACUCAUCGCUAUAGCGCAAUGUUCGGUUAAUAUUUUAAUACUUGGUUCGGCAAUUGAUUGUGAAGAAAGGAUGAAACACUGGAUGAGUCUAAUUCAGGGAAAGUAUACAUUAUCCGGCCUUCUUUUAACAUCCGCUAUAGCUCUAGCUUUCCUAGCUAGGCACAUGGAGAAGGUAUCUAGAGUUCUCUUUUUAUGGAGAAGUGAGGUAGAAGAGCAAAGAGACUGUGCGGAAGAUAUGAGAAGACGUAAUGAAGCGUUAGUUUAUAAUAUUUUACCACCGCAUGUUGCUGCUCAUUUUAUGGGAAACAGGAAAAGACAACACGAUGAAUUAUAUUCACAAAGUUAUGCCGAAGUUGGAGUUUUGUUUGCUUCGAUGCCAAAUUUUUCAGAUUUUUAUUCUGAGGAGACUGUGAAUAAUCAAGGACUUGAAUGUCUUAGAUUUUUGAAUGAGGUGAUAUCAGAUUUUGACGCGCUUUUAGAGUUGCCUCAUUUCCAAGAUGUUAUUAAAAUUAAAACUAUAGGAUCGACGUACAUGGCUGCUAGUGGUCUCAACCCCUCUAGGCAAAUGAAGCCUGAAGAUCCUACUUCAGUUAGAUGGGCACAUUUAGCAAUCUUAGUAGAGUUUGCUUUGGAACUGAAAAAAGCCCUACAGAGCAUUAACGAACAAUCAUUCAAUCAUUUUGUAUUGAAGUUAGGAAUCAAUCAUGGACCUAUAACAGCUGGUGUGAUUGGGGCGAGAAAGCCCCAUUAUGACAUUUGGGGUAAUACCGUUAACGUAGCAUCUAGGAUGGAAAGUACUGGAAAAGCUGGAUGUAUUCAGGUAACGGAAGAGACCUGCGAAAUUCUUCAACAUUUCGGUUACCAGUUCGAACAGCGCGGUCUCGUGGCUGUUAAAGGAAAGGGCCAGCUUAUGACGUACUAUCUUCUUGGGAAAACUGGAAAAACUACACCGCCAACAGCGCCAGUAUCUCCAGUGAUCGGUGUAGGAACCAUGGAAACGGUCAACGAAGAAGAUGAGUCUCACGAUAGCCCCACAUCAAAAUCCGAAGAAAAAACUGUUAUCGAAUGUUCUGAAAAAAUAGAUGAUGAUGUUUUCAUAUCAGAUUCAGGUUGUGAGGAGUCCAGAGAGUCGACAGAAGCUUCAUUGUUAUUAAGUUAAAACUAUUGUGAUAAAACUAUAUUGUUUCCAAUUUUGUUUAUAUGUAAGAUUUUGCUGUUUUGUUGUUACGUUUUUAAUAAGAGAAAUUCGUACGGAAUCGUUUACAUGUGGGAAAUUAUUUUGAAUUUGGUUCAAAUACAAUCGAAAAUUGGUGUGUUUCGAGAAAUAAGAUUUUGAUACAAACCAAAGUGGAACAGAAGAAAUCAUAUAGCUCAAGUCACUUCCUCAAUUCAAACUCUGCUUAUCUAAAAUUAUUGUUUGAUAUCUCUUGAAAAGGAAACUUGUAUAUAAAUCAGAGAAAAAUAAUAAAUAUUAAAUAAGCGUAUAUUCUAGUUGUACAAAUGUGAGAAGAAUUAUUGUAAAUAAAAAAUUAGAUGGUGAUUAUUACAAUGAUAAUGAUCGUAUCUAAAUUUAAUAUUAAAUAAUAAAGAAUAUUUAAUAAUUUUUGAACCCCUAAUAGAAAAAUCUUUUGGAAUCUCAGCUUCACUACAAGUGCAAUCGAUGUGCAGCCUUAAGUGAACUCUUUGAAAAAUAUUAUUCUCAAUCAAAUUAUCUGUACUAGAAGAAACAUAAUUUGUAGAAUGGAUCUUAAUCUACGAUUCACACAAAUAUUUAUGCCCGGUGGUUAGUAAUUCGUAAAUUCAACAUAGACAAUCUGUACAAUGCCUGAAAAAAUAAAUUAUGCUGGAAACUAUCGAGGAAUAUCCAGUAUAAAUAUUAUUUUUACGGAAGAAUCGUGCUUAGGAAGACAAAGUCAAAUAAGAAACGGAAACGGAGAGCACAUACGAGGUGGUCCUCGGAGUACCUGGUCAAACAAAAAAUAUAUUUAUUUAUCUACAUCAAGCUCUUCAAAAUAGCCAUUAGCUGUCGACAUCAUCUAUUUAUUCUUGGAAAAGCUUUGACCAGCAAUUUUUCCAAAUCUGGGAAUAGAAAAUAAUCCAAGGGGGCUAAAUCUGGCCGAUUCAAUAACGGAUGCGUGAGCUAUUGCAUUGUCUCGAUGAAACAACACUUUCUACUUAGUCAAACGCGACCGUUUCUACUUGAUUUCUUUGUUCAAACGAUGCAAUAAGUUGACAUAAUAUUCGCUGUUGAUAGUUUUUUCUUUUUCAAGAUAUUCAAUAGAAAUUACCACACGUGCAUCCCGAAAAACCGACACCACGACCUUGUCUGCAGAUGGAACGGUCUUUGCUUUCUUUGGAGCUGUUUAUCACUUUCAGUUCAUUAUUUCGAUUGUUCUUUUAUUUCGGGUGUGAAGGGAUGCUUUGUUCAAUAUAUUGAACAUCUCUAUUCUAUAUUACGACGAAAUUUGGUAGGGCCUAAAUAUGACACAAUAAUUAAUAAAUGGCAAUCUUAGACCAAAAACUUACAUGGACCGUCACUUCUCCUAUUCUCCUUAGCAAAAGAAAAUUUAUUAGGACUAAUUGGAAAUUUUUAAUACGCUGUCUGGAAAGAUCAUUAUGCGGUAGCCAUUUUAGAUGUUUUGCAAUUUCAGUCAGUCCAUGUAAAUAUAGUCUAAGAUGGCGAUGUUAAAAUUAGUAAAAAUGUAGAAGUACGAAUCUUUUUCUUUUAUAAUUGAAUAUUAUCUAACUUGGGGCAGCUUUGAGUGAAAUGAAUCAAAAAUCAUUUUCAGAUUUACAACUUUUACAAGCUGACCCUGAAAUGCAUUUCUUACAACUCAGAUGUUGCUCUCCCCAUCAACAAAGCUUUGAUUUGCCUUAGACAUGGAUGUGGUGCGAAAGUUUCCUAAUCCACAAGGAAACCAUAUGGAAGCUUGUGGCUGGCAGGACCAAGUGCAUUGCUAAAAAUGGAGAUUAUAUCAAAAUAUAGUGUUUUUGUUGCACUACAAUUUAUUUAGUCUUGUAUAUAACUUUAGCUAAAGGAAUAAGACAAGAUAUUAUAUGGACUGCAACGAACUACCAAAGGGAGGCUGUAAACUCAAAUAGUCCACUCAUUAAGGUCAAAAUUAAUGAUCGGAAUGCGGGUUAAUAAGCUGGGAACACACUUAGACCUUCAUUGUCGUUAGUAUAAUAGGCAACAUUGACUCAAUCAGAGCGAUAUCGAGAAGGAGAAGGAUACAAGAUCUUAAAAGAUUUGGAAACUAAUAUCCUCGACGAAAAUAAUGAUAAUUAAUCGCAAAUUUCGGAAGAACUGAAAUUAUUUGUAGCUCUGCUAAUCAUAAUCUCACACCACUGGGGAAUAGUCAAUAGUGGGAAUAGUGAUAAGAAAAAGUCUGCUAAUUGAUUGAUGAGACUGACAUUUAGGCCUCACUUAUUACUCUGAAUGAACGAAACUACAGCUACCACAAGUUUGUUAGAUCUAUCGCUCUACGACUUCUUUUCUAUUUCCAAAAAUCAAACACGUCGGCAGUGGAACGCUUUUUGAAUCGAUGGAGGACAUCCAAACAACUAUGGCGAAGGUACUAGAGGAGAUUUUAGUCAAAGACUUCUAGCUUUAAUACAGCGUCUAGAAAAUUCGCCACACUUGGUGGUAUGAGUGCGGAAAGCAAUUAUUUUGAAGGUAAUUAUUUUAUAAUUAAUACUUUUUACAGUAUCAUUAUAUUUUGGAGAGGAAAGAACGAUUUGGCUUUUGGGUCUCGUAUAAACCAAAGGAUCUAUUCUUGCUGCGAUACUGGAGGACUCAGUGCUUACAGCUGAUCCAUCAAUCCCACUCCUUUUAAAAACUCUAGAAUGUGGGAUGUCUUCAAUUACCAGAGAUCUUAGUAAUUUAUUUCAAGCGCUCCCAGGUGUAGUGCUCUGAAGUUUAUUAGUGUUUCACACUUCGAGAGAAUAUGGACAGAGGUUUCAUUCCCUAGCGUUUGAUUAGGUUGAUCUACUUUGGUUAUAGUUUCCCAGAAGAUUCUUUGCCUGUCUCAGUGCCUGUAGUUUGUCCCAUUAAUUGGUUUGAUUUCUAUCUACCUUCAUCUCCAGUGCUUUUUCCAUUGUUCUGCAGCUGAUACCACAGAAGGUUUCGGGUUCCAGGAAGGGCUUGUCUGUUCCUACUUUAGCGAGCUUAUCAGCUCUCUAUAAGCUAAAUGUUGCGCUUUAUCUGCUCUUUAUCAAAAAACCAAUUAAUUUAGAUAGACACAGGAAGAUAUUUACAAAAAAUCGUUUGCUGUAACUAUUGAUAUUGAAUAUCCUUUACUAGAAGGUUGAAAUGAAGAUUUAUUCACAUUUUCAGCUUAGUAACUCUAAUUCCGAGGUUAAAUAAUAGAGUUUUGAUUUAUUCAAACUCAAAAAAUAAAUCCCAAGUUAGGUAAUUCUUCUGAGACUAUGAUAUGUUCAAUUCGCAUCUAUAAUUAAGUGUUAGAUAUCUGUAGAUUCUAUUGACGAAUAAAUAUGAUGAAAAUAAAGCAAAAAA